AUGUCGUCUUCUCACCGUGAGAUCAGGCUUGAGCCACCAGUCGGAUUGCAGGUGUGGGUUCUGAGGAAGCCACAUCUUAGCCACUUUUGCUCACAAAGUCCACUUCGACCCAGAGCGAACACCUGGCAGGGGUCAGCGCAUAAGCCAUUCCUGUUUGCAUAUUUCAUAGACUCCUUAACGGGGAGUAAACAGAAGGAAGCUCCAUGGGACAUGCUGUUUGCUAAUGAUGUGUUGAGUGGCGAAACGAAGGAAGAGGUGGAUGAAAAGUUGGAAGAGUGGAGAGCGGCUGUGGAAGAUCGGGGUAUGCGAGUGAGCAGAAAGAAAUCAGAGUGCCUGUUCAUGGAGGACCCAGGGAUGAAACCUGAUAAGCUAGAUGGAGUGACAGAAUUUAAAUAUAUUGGCUCAACAGAAUGA